UUUCUUUUGAAUCCGGAGCUCAGCUGGCUGCUGCUAGUGUGAAAAAUGGCGUGCGACCAGACCAGCAACGUAGUUCCUCCUUCUCUGUCAGCGAAAGUGGUUGGGUCAUUCGCAUAUUUGACAGUGAGAGACCGACUGCCUACAAUCCUCACGAAAGUCAUUGACACAAUCCAUCGCAAUAAAAACAAGUUUUUUGAAGAAUAUGGAGAGGAGGGGAUCGAAGCGGAGAAGCAAACCAUCUCUCUGCUGUCCAAGCUGAGAAAUGAGUUGCAGACAGACAAACCCAUACUCGCUCUGAAUGAUGGUCUGACUGACGCAGACUCUUGGAAUCGAUACCUGCUGAGGCAACAGGGCCUGCAGGGGGACCAGGAGGCGGUCAGCUGGUUCAAGUCUCCGUGGCUGUUUGUGGAGUGCUACAUGUACCGCAAGAUACAGGAGGCCGUCUGGCUCAACCCGCCUAUCAGUGAUUAUGAUGUAUUCAAUGAGGGGAAGACUCAGAGCUUCUUUGAGUCCCAGCAGGCCAUCAUAGCCUUGUGCACAUACUUUGAGGGCAUCAACAAGAACAUAGAUGACAUCUCUGAACAUCACCUGCAGGAGCAUUUCAACAAACUGCUACAGGUUUCUCUAUGGGGAAACAAAUGUGAUCUGUCCAUCUCUGCUGGGGUGGAGAACUCCCAGAAGUCCAGUCCCAUCGACUCCCUAGUCAGCCUGCAGCCUUUCAUCUUAGUGGACCACUCCGACGCCGUGUGGUCGACCCUCAUUUCUGCCUGUCGACGACAACAGUCGGGGAAAGCGGGCUCCAACCGAGUGGACAUUGUUUUAGACAACGCUGGCUUUGAGUUAGUGACCGACUUGGUCCUCGCCGAUUUCCUCGUGUCUUCCGGUCUGGCCCACGAGGUCCGCUUUCUCGGCAAAUCCUUCCCUUGGUUUGUCUCUGAUGUGACCUCCAAUGAUUUUCAUUGGACCAUUCAACAGACUAUGGCGGCUAAUCACAAGUGGAUGUCUCAGAGGGGUGUGCAGUGGCAACGCUACAUGAAGGAAGGGGUGUGGUCAUAUCACGACCAUCCCUUCUGGACACAGCCACACGAGUUCUGUGAUAUGGCGACCGACGCGCCAGACCUGUACGCCACUCUGCAGGAGGCAAACCUGGUGCUGUUUAAAGGUGAUCUCAACUACAGAAAGCUGGCAGGGGAUCGGGACUGGGACCAUACAGUAGGCUUUGAAGCCGCGCUGAGGGGUUUUGGACCAGCACCUCUGUGCAGCCUGAGGACUCUAAAGGCUAAUAUUCAAGUGGGUCUACAGCCAGGCCAGGGGAGCAAGCUCAGCUCCCAGGAUCCAGACUGGAUGACAAGUGGCAAGUACGCUGUGAUCCAGUUCUACAGCCCCAGUUCAGAACAAUAAGACUGACCUCGGUGUCGGUCAUUAUCGUGAAGCCAUUGGACCUUGCUUCAUACAGAAAGCACUUCAAUAUCGCAUUUGGAUUUCUCUAAGGAUGUCAGCGUUUGUUUGUUUGUUUCUCUUUUUUUUUUUUUUUUUUUUUUUAAACAAAUCGAGAUUCUUAACUAAAGUGCCAUUUAGAGGGCUACCUGCAAAGGUUGAAUUGGAACAGGAAGACAUCCAGGUGCCUCCAUUUAACUGUUGCGGACUACCAUGACCUGGAUGACCGACAAUCUACACAGACAAUUAGAGGGUUGUGCAUUGCAAAAAAGCAUGAAAAUUCUGUAUGUUGGUACACUGCAAUAUAACGACUAAGUGAAAACAUUGUACAUCCCAACGCAGCACAUAUCGCUACACAAAGUUAGUGAAAUACAUGUCUAACCCAGAACCAGAUUAAAGAGAGGAGAAAAAAAUGAUAGUCUGAAUGUUACCAGGUUGAUAAACCAUUAACACAAAUAAGAAUUAAGCUUUAUAUUAUUUAAUGCAGUAGCCAUCUCUCAUAAGAAUUUAGUAGGAUUUUGUAUAGGAAGUAAUGUACUGUAUUUUGUACACUUGUUGGGAAAAGCUCACCUAGCUUAGAUUAUAGCGUUUUAUGGUGGAAAGAUACUGUUUUCAGUGCAGUAUGGCUCGAAAACUUAUUUUCCCUCUGACGAAAUUCCUGUGUCAUAUCUCCCGAGGUGAGAAGGAUUAUAAACGUUUUACCUUGUUUUGCAUUCAGGCAAAUACAGGGACCGUGUUAUGUACUUACAAAACAUAAACUGGAUGCAAUAAA